UAUGAGGAAUUUAAGCCCUGACCUUUUUUUUUUUUUUUUUUUUUUUUUUUUCGUCAGGGAACUGCGCGGUUACGUCGAAAGAGCAGCGAGAGCCGGGGAACACUGCAGCGACUUUAUCAGCCAGAGCAACCCCCCCUUCCACUGUUUGUUACCCACUUCGAAAUAGAUAAUAACACUGAUAAUAUUAACGCGAGAGCUCGCGAGUUGCUUCAAGACUGUUGGCUGCAACUGUCAAAGGAGCCGAGGAGCUGGCCGCGUUCCCUGGCUGUUUUUGACUAUUUCUGGAGGCUCCGAGGAGGAGACGGAGGUCGGAGAGAGGCGCCGCGUGGUGUACAUGUUAAUGCGGGCGGGGAAAGGAGGAGAAUGCGUUUGGAGACUGGAAAGGAGCCGAAACCACGCCGGAUUUCUUUUCGUGGACCGUCGGGAUUGUGAUUUGUCCUCUUUAUCGUCGCGUUCGAGAGGAGACGAGGCUGGAGGCUGACCACCUCACUUCGUCCCCCCCCCUCCCCGUCCCCGUGUCUCCCCCCCACCACCCCCGGCCUCCUGUCUGAGCGGCCCUUGACGUACAAGCAGGUGUGAUUGCCAUGUAACAUCGCGUUGGUGGAAAAAACGCCCACUUCGGUGCCUGUCUCUUGACCUCCUCCUCUCGUCACGUGGGUGACCCGGCGCCCCCCCCCCCCCUUUCAUUGGGCUCGUGCUGCUGAGUGACUGGCCCACGGUUCAGGCAUGGAGAGCUCCAGUGGCCUCAGACUUGGGAAGAUGUCCUCACCAGGCCUGCCACGGGGCCAGACACCCAAGCACGGACAUUCCCAGGAGUUUAUCAGAGGCACGCCGGGCCCUGAAAACCACAACAAACACAGUUUAACGUGUGAUGAGCAAGCAGAUGGGAAAAGAAAAGGUCGACCUAAAACUGACGGUCAGGAGCUUAGGAGCAUUCCUGCCCAUUUGAUAAUACAAUGGAAGGAAGAGUUCAAGCGCCGCUCCAGGGUUAAAUGUCCAUGUUCAGGCUGUUGGUUAGAAUUUCCCAGCAUCUGUGGCGUCAAGUACCACUAUCAACGCUGCCAAGGGCCCACUGUAGCAGAGAAGCUGAGUCAUGGCUGUCCCUACUGUGAGGCAGCUUUUGCCACAAAAGUACGGCUGGAAAAGCACAAGCUGUGGAACCACCCCGACAGAGUUAGCAAGGAAGCCAAGGAGGAGCAGCUUCUUAAGAAGUCCAACAUCAAGAAAAGGGCCAUGGAGAACAGCCACCCCUCGCCGAUGUUCUUCAAGGUGAAAAAAACGUACGAGGUGUCCGCACCGUCUCAGAACGGAGAACUGGCCCACCUUAAGAGCGAGAGGAAAGCGCACGGUCAGGUCCCGGCUUCACAGCCGGUUCACACGUCGCAUACAGUCCAGCCUCAGAGCCAGUGCCAAAGCGCAUCAUCUGACGCUGGAGGGAGUGAAAGCGAGGGCGGGAGUCUUCCCUCGUCUUACCCCGACGAAGAUCCAGAACGAAUGAGGCACAAUCCAGGACGGAAGCAGAAAACUCCUAAAAAAUUCACGGGAGAACAGCCGUCAAUAUCCGGGACAUUUGGACUGAAAGGCAUGACUAAGGUAGAAGAGAAGCUGAAAGCAGGUCGUGUGAAGAGACCAGAGGGCUGUGGGUUCAGUGAUGAGUCUCAGAGAAGACCUGCUCCUGCUCAGUCCUCCAAGAAAGAGCCAGCAACAGGAAGCUCGGGUGGUGUUUCUGACACUCAGUGGCAGCGAACAAUCUCAGAGCGAGGUGAAGUGGUGUGCCCGACCUGCUCCAUUGUCACCAGAAAAACAAUCCAAGGCCUGAAGAAACACAUGGAGAUCUGCCAAAAGCUCCAGGACGCCCUAAAGUGCCAGCAGUGCCAGAAACAGUUCCGCUCCAAGGCGGGCCUCAACUACCACACCAUGGCUGAACACAGCAGCAAGCCCUCAGGGAGCGAAGGCCAGACGGGGAGCGAGCACGGAGAGAGAGAGCGGCUGCGGCGAGUGCUCAAACAGAUGGGACGAAUCAAGUGUCCUAGUGAGGGUUGUUCAGCCCACUUUUCCAGUCUGCCGGGCUACCAGUAUCACCAUCAGCGUUGUGGGAGAGAGUUUUCUGACGAUGAGAAGCCUGUGUUUCUGUGUCAGCACUGCGGGAAGAGCUACCGCUCCAAGGCAGGCAGAGACUACCACAUACGCACUGAGCACCCGCCAACCAUCAGCACCAUCAUGAAGUCGACAAACAGCAGUAACUACCAGAACAACGUCACUGACACCAACAACAAUACUGGCAAGGAAAGGGGGCUCUCUGAGGACUCUCCAUCAGUAGGGAAGAAAAGAGAGCAAUACCUGCCCGAGAGGAAAGACUGGCAGGAGAAACCGCCAACCGGCCAGCCUAAAGCGAAGGAUCUGGAAACAGAGGAGGAGAGGAAACCAAGCAAAGAGAAAGCAGCACAAGUUAAGAGUCAGGGGGAGGACUUUGAAAGGACCCCCAGCGGCCGAGUGAGGCGGCAGUCUGCUCAGGUGGCAGUGUUCCACCUGCAGGAGAUAGCAGAGGAUGAGCUGGCCAAAGACUGGGGCACCAAGCGGCGCAUCAAGGACGACCUGGUGCCUGACAGCAAGAGGUUGAACUACACUCGUCCUGGCCUGCCCAACUUCAGCCCAGAGGUACUGGAGACCUGGAAGAACCAAGUAAAGGAGAAGGGCUUCAUUUGCUGCACAAAUGCUAACUGUGAAGCUGUCUAUUCCAGUGUGUCCGGGCUGAAGGCACAUCUUGCCAACUGCAGCCAGGGUGGUGGCGAAAUGGGAAAGUACACCUGUCUGAUCUGUCAGAAGGAGUUUAGCUCAGAGAGCGGCGUCAAAUAUCACAUUAGUAAGACACACUCACAGAACUGGUUUCGUGCGUCAACCAGUCAAGUGGUCUCUAGUAACAAGAUUAAAGGGUUGGAGAACAAUGGAUUCAAAGCGGAGGUGAGGAAUGGUGCCACCACUGGUAAGAAAAGGGGUCGGAAACCAAAAGAGCGCCCCCUGAUGGACGGUCCUCUUCAAACAACGACAGACGCCCUCACCACCACCCAAAAUUCACCUCCAGCCAUGAACCAUCCCUCUUGCUCAGCACAGUCCCCAGCCCUGAUCCCUGACCAAACGGACAGCGAUGAGCCGGGCCAGGAAAGGCAAAUCCUCCCCUCUGCCACCCGACGGAGCAAACCCAAGAAGAUCUAUUUGUCAGAGUAGCACAGCUAUUAUCAUCCCUGCUUACCAUAAACAUACCACCCUGCAACUAAAAGGACCUCUCCAACUUGGCACUGAGUGGAAAGCCAGAUCUACAAUGAAGACAUUAAAGAUUUAAAACAGUCUUUAAAUCUUGGUUUUAUACCUUAGAGUUAAUGUGUGCACUGGUAUGAACACUUAUCACCACAGUAGUGCAUUUUCUCCAUUCCAUUUCUGUUUCCUUUAUAGGGCACACAUUUCAGUUUCUGUUCCCACAGCCGAGUCCGUAAGCCAGGAGCAAAUCCAAACCCUUACAUGGAUAGAGGUUUUUAAACAGAAGUAGUAUCCCAAAUAGAUAAAGAAUAAUAAUAAUAAUUUUCUCUGCAAGAAUCAAAGUGUUUUGAAAGGAUUUAAAAAGGAAAUUUCUAUUAGCAUGGUGAAGUCAUUUUAUGAUUGCUGGUGUUUUUUUUUUUCAUGUUUCCUCACAGAUAUACUGUACGUGUACAUAAACAGUAUCUAUAUCUAUAUAUCUAUAUACUCAAAGCAAUGACGCCAUCCUUCGUUCUCAAGCCUGAGGCGUCCUGUUGGCUUUCUGUCAGUCACAGAUUUUGCAGUGUAUUGUAGUGCAACAUUGUUUAAAUGUGUUGUUUUUCCUUCUA